AUUUAAAUUUUUAUAUAAGAGUGCCUCUACCGUCUUUCUAUUUAUGUUCUUUCACUUUCCUCUUUCUGUCUUUGUCUUUUGAGCGAGAAUAAAAUUCAGCGAGCGAAAACACACACAAGGAAGGAACUACAGUUCACAGAUUGUAGGUAACGAAGUCCCACCGAUCAUUGAAAAGAAUAUAUUUUGCGUUUUGGAUUUGUGGGUUAGAAUUUGAUGGAUAACAAUAAUUGGAGGCCUACUCCUCAAAGCGGAGAGUCAGUCAUAGACACUGGUGAUUGGAGAAAUCAGUUACAGCCUGAAUCACGACAAAGAAUUGUCAACAAGAUUAUGGAUACACUGAAGAGGCAUCUUCCUUUUUCUGGUCAAGAGGGAUUGAAUGAACUCAAGAAAAUUGCUGGAAGGUUUGAGGAGAAGAUAUAUACUGCUGCAACAAGUCAGUCAGAUUAUCUACGGAAAAUAUCUUUGAAGAUGCUUUCAAUGGAAUCAAAAUCUCAAAAUCCUAUGCCUAAUUCUUUGCCGUCCAAUCCCGCUGGAAAUAGUAACAAAUCACCAGAUCCAGGGUCUGGCAUGCAAACAGUUCAUAACCAAGGGCAAUCACUUCCUAUCCCAAUGUCAGCUAAUCAGUCUCAACAACGCCAACAGCUGUUAUCACAGAACAUUCAGAGUAACAUGACAUCAACCGGAGUUCAGGGUUCUUCUGGAUUGCCAUCUGCUCUUCCUUCUGUCUCUGGUUUAUCACAGGCCCCAAUCCCCAGUGUUGUAAACCAAAAUUCCACAAUGCAAAACAUAUCAGGUGUUUCACAGAACACAGUACCUUCAAUGGGGCAAGGGGUGCCCUCCAAUCUCUUUGCUAAUUCCCAGAGGCAAAUGCAAGGAAGGCAACAGGUUCUCCCCUCGCAGCAACAACAAUCCCAGAAUCCACAGUAUAUGUACCACCAGCAGCAGGUGCAACAUCAUUUUCUGAAGCAGAAGCUGCAGCAGGGAAAUCUCUCGCACUCAAUAAUGCAACAGCAGCAGCCAAACAUACUACAGCCUAAUCAAUUGCAAUCUUCUCAGCAAUCUGGUAUGCAAUCAUCAUCUGUUAUGCAACCUUCAGUGAUCCAAUCAGCCCCUCUCCCUAGUCUUCAGCAGAACCAAUCAUCUGUUCAACCGUCAACACAAUCCAUGAUUCAGCCGCACCCACAAUCAGUCCUUAGGCCUCAGCAACAGCAACAACAGCCGUCAAUGAUGCCACAGCAACAGCAAACUUCAAUGACACAGUCGUCAAUGAUGCCACAGCAGCAGCAGCUAAUAGGCCAACCUUCAAAUGCUUCAAAUAUGCUGCAGAAUCAAAUGAUUGGUCAACAAAAUAGUGUUAGUGAUAUCCAGCAGCAACAGCAACAGAGGUUGCUAGGGCAGCAGAGUAAUCUUCCAAAUAUGCAGCAUCAGCAGCAGCAACAACAGCAGCAGCAGCAGCAACAGAUGUUGGCUCAGCAAAACCUCUCAAGUAUGCAUCAUCAACAAUUGGGCCCACAAAGUAAUGUUUCAGGAUUACAGCCGCAGCAGCAGCAACAGUUACUUGGAAACCAACCUGGAAACUCUGGCAUGCAAAAUAAUCAACACUCUGUGCAUAUGCUACAACAAUCCAAGGUUUCAUUGCAGCAACAAAGCCAACAGAGUGCACCCUUAUUACCAAAUCAAGGGCAGCAGUCAUCGCAACAGCCACAGCAACAAUUAAUGUCACAGAUCCAAUCACAGCCUGCACAGUUGCAACAGUCUUUGGGAUUGCAACAACAACCUAAUCAAUUGCAACAAAAUUUGCAGCAAAGGCUUCAGGCAUCUAAUCAAGCAUCGGGUACCUUGCUUCAACCACAGAAUGUAAUGGAUCCGCAAAAGCAGCUAUAUCAAUCGCAAAGAGUCCUUCCAGAAACAUCAUCAACAUCUCUAGAUUCCACAGCCCAGACUGGACAAGCAAAUGGGGGUGAUUGGCAAGAGGAGGUCUACCAAAAGAUUAAAGUCAUGAAGGAGAUGUAUUUGCCCGAAUUAAAUGAAAUGUUUCAGAAAAUUGCUACUAAAUUGCAGCAGCAUGAUUCUCUUCCUCAACAGCCAAAGUCGGAUCAGCUUGAGAAGCUGAAAACUUUUAAGAAUAUGUUGGAGCGUCUCAUAUUGUUCUUACAAGUGUCCAAAAGUAAUAUUUCACCUAAUUUUAGGGAAAAGCUGGGUUCCUAUGAGAAGCAGAUUAUCAAUUUUAUAAAUACAAAUAGGCCCAGGAAGACUGUUUCAUCAAUGCAGCCAGGGCAACAUCUGCCACCUCCUGUGCAUUCCAUGCCGCAGCCACAAUCACAAAUUACUCAAGUUCAGCCCCAUGACAAUCAAAUGAACCCACAGAUUCAAUCAAUGAACUUACAAGGUUCUGUUGGAACAAUUCAACAGAACAGUAUGACAAAUGUGCAGCAUAAUUCUAUGACUUCUAUUUCGGGGGUCUCAACAGCAUCACAGAACAUGUUAAAUACCUUGCAGCCAUCUUCCAAUUUGGAUUCAGGACAAGGGAAUUCACUGAACUCACUGCAUCAGGUUUCUGUUGGAUCUCUACAACAAAAUUCUGUGAGUACUCAGCAGGCAAACAUGAAUAGUUUGUCAUCACAAAGUGGAGUCAGUAUGCUACCAUCCAAUAUUAAUUCCCUCCAAUCAAACUCAAAUGUGCUACAACACCAGCAUAUAAAACAACAGGAGCAGCAGCAAAUGCUGCAGUCCCAACAGCUCAAACAACAAAUGCAACAGCGCCAGAUACAGCAUCAACAAAUGCUGCACAAGCAACAGCUAAUGCAACAGCAGCAACAGCAGUUGCACCAGCAAGCAAAGCAGCAGCUGCCGGGGCAGAUGCAGAUGCAUCAAAUGUCACAGAUGCAUCAGAUGAAUGAUGUGAGUGACUUUAAGAUAAGACAGGGGAUGAGUGUUAAACCAGGGCUCUUUCAGCAACAUAUGCCGUCAAGCCAACGCUCAGCCUAUUCCCAUCAACAGUUGAAACCAGGAGCUGCAUUUUCUAUGUCUUCUCCCCAAAUGGUUCCAGCUGCAUCCCCUCAAAUAACACAACAUUCUUCUCCACAGGUUGACCAGCAGAAUCUGCCUUCAUCAGUCACAAAAACUGGAACCCCCUUGCAAUCUGCAAGCUCUCCUUUUGUCGUUCCAUCUCCUUCAACACCUUUGGCUCCAUCACCCAUGCCGGCAGAUUCUGAUAAACCAAUUUCUGGUAUUUCAUCCCUAGCAAAUACUGGAAAUAUCACACAUCAGCAGAAUUCUAAUACACAAGCAACAGCACCUUCUCUUGCAAUUGGUACUCCUGGGAUAUCAGCAUCACCUUUGCUUGCUGAGUUUACUGGUCCAGAUGGCACUCAUGGUAAUGCCUUGACUACUGUUUCAGGCAAGUCCAGUGUUACAGAGCAGCCUCUUGAGCGCUUAAUCAAAGCGGUGAAAUCAAUGUCACCUAAAGCAUUGGGUGCAUCUGUCAGUGACAUUGGCUCAGUUGUGAGUAUGAUGGAUAGGAUAGCAGGAUCAGCGCCAGGUAAUGGGUCUAGAGCUGCUGUUGGUGAGGAUUUAGUUGCCAUGACCAAGUGUCGCCUGCAAGCUAGAAAUUUCAUCACACAAGAUGGAAUGGCUGGACCUAGGAAAAUGAGGCGCUACACAAGUGCCAUGCCUUUAAAUGUUGUUUCUUCAGCUGGUAGUAUGAAUGAUAGUUUCAAGCAGUUAAAUGAUUCAGAGACAUCUGAUCUGGAGUCAACUGCCACAUCUCGUGUGAAAAGACCAAGAUUGGUGGCUAAUCUUGCCCUUUUGGAGGAAAUAAGGGAAAUAAAUCAGCUACUUAUAGACACGGUGGUUGAUGUCAGUGAGGAAGAUGUUGAUCCAACUGCUGCUGGUGCUACUGCUGAAGGCGGUGAAGGAACCAUUGUCAAAUGCUCUUUCACUGCAGUGGCUUUGAGUCCAAACUUGAAAUCACAGUAUUCUUCGGCACAAAUGUCACCUAUUCAGCCAUUGCGAUUGCUUGUUCCAACAAAUUACCCCAAUUGCUCCCCAAUAUUGUUAGACAACUUUCCAGUUGAAGUCAGCAAGGAAUACGAAGAUCUUUCGGUGAAGGCAAAGUCAAGGUUUAGCAUAUCUCUGAGAAGCCUUCCACAACCCAUGACUCUUGGGGUGAUAGCAAGGACUUGGGAUGUGUGUGCCCGUGCUGUGAUAUCAGAAUACGCACAACAGAGCGGUGGAGGCAGUUUCAGCUCAAAAUAUGGGACUUGGGAGAACUGCUUGAGUGCAGCGUGAUCAUCCUUGCAGACUCAAACCAAUGGGAUUUUGCUCCGAUUACCCAUGACGCAUUAUUCAUCAGUUUCUUCUGCCAUGAUAGCUAAACAAGCAGUUUUCGGCUGAUCACCAAUCCUUGCCUAUUAAUUAUCUAGAAGAUCACAAAACCAUCUGUGUUUGCGUUAGUUUUGUCUGUCUUUUAAUAAUGUUACGGUUUUGUUAUUACAUAUUUGUUUCUGUAAUUAUGAUGCGGUGGUUCUGUAGCCUGUGCUUCUAGCAAAUGCAUUUGCUGGAACUGGUAUAUUUGCAGGUGGUGUUUAAGUUUAUAAAUACAUUAGUUUUUUCAAUGUGUAAGCAAUUUGGUCUUGCAGCAGUUAAGGGGUUGUCUCUUAUAGGACUAUAAGCCUUAGGGGUGUAUAUGAUAGUUUAUCUUAUAAAAAAAAUAUUUUUAUUA